AUUCUCAGUGUGAACCAGCGCGAGUAUUGAUUGUUUUUAAACUCGUGCCUACUUCAAUGGCCUCUACUUUACGAGGCCAAUCUGUCUGUCUGCUUCCACUCCGAAGCAGCCAUGUCUACUUCCGGUCGUCAGCUCCCUCUUCUACUACAGGCGGCACUGUGUCACGUCCUCUUCUUCAGCUUGCUUUCUUCCUCAUUCUCUGCCUCUUACAAUAUUACUCAUCUCCCUGGAUUCGACGGCUCACUUCCCUUUCGUCUGGAAACUGGGUAUGUGACUAUGAAUGCGACGAGCGGAGCUGAGUUAUUCUAUUACUUUGUGGAGUCUGAAAGAAAUCCAAGCGAAGACCCACUCCUCCUGUGGCUAAUUGGAGGGCCGGGCUGCUCGGGUAUCAAUGGCUUGGCCUUGGAUAUGGGGCCUCUCAAAUUCAAGCUUGAUUAUUUUGAUGGCCAACUGCCCAAUUUAUAUGCUAAUCCUUUCGCUUGGACAAAGAUUUCAAACAUGAUCUUUGUGGAUUGGCCUAUUGGUACUGGAUUCUCUUACUCAAAAACUGCGAAAGAUUAUACCACCGAAGAUGUUGAGGGGACUGCGUUUAUCUACAAGUUUCUUAGGAAGUGGCUCAUUGAUCAUCCGAGUUUCCUCUCAAAUCCUUUCUACAUGGGUGGUGAUUCAUAUGGUGGAAAAGUCGCCGUGCUAACUGCUCAUAAAAUUAUUGAAGGAAAUGAAGGUGGUCAGAAACCUCUAAUCAAUAUCAAGGGUUAUCUAGUUGGUAAUACUAUAACGGGUGAAAAAGUUGAUACCAGUUCCCAAGCUCCACAUGCUUAUGGAUUGGGAAUUAUUUCCAAAGAGUUCUAUAAGCUGAUAAUGGCGCACUGUGCUGGAGAAAAAGACUUCAAAAAGCCUCAAAACGUUCUUUGUGCCACUCAUCUUGAGACAUUAAAUGGAUUUCUAUCAGAAAUUGAUGUUUAUAGUAUACUGGACCCCACCUGUCCUGAUGAACCUCCAACGUCAGCUAUGAGGUCUCUAAAGGAGAAUCAAGAAGAGUUCAUCAGCUCACCAUUGUCAUCAGUUCCUGAUAUUUCUUGCAUAACCGCUGCUCUUCUUGCCAAUUACUGGGCGAAUCACCAUCUUGUGAAAGAGGCCCUCCAUGUCAAGGAGGGAACAAUUGAACGAUUUCACCUUGAUAAUUUCGAUGUGGAUUCGUAUUUCUACACACGAAGCGUCCCAAGCAUUGUACCUUAUCACUAUAGUCUCAUUACUCGAGGAUUUCGAGCUCUAGUUUACAGUGGUGAUCAUGAUCUGAGCAUUCCAUUCUUGGGCACGCUAGAGUGGAUAAAAUCUCUCAACUUUUCCGUCUUGGAGCCACGGAGAUCGUGGCAUGCUGGCGGGCAAGUUGCAGGAUACACCAUUUUGUUCUCAAACAAUUUAACUUUUGCAACCGUGAAGGGGGGAAGUCAUAUAGCACCGGAUACAAUGCCAUUCGAAUGUUUUGUUAUGUUUGAAAGAUGGAUUUCUCACCAGAGUCUCUGAUUUCAGUGAAGCAUUUCACUUAUUUUGGGGAGGAGAUAUGAUCCUUUUAUGUUGAUUAAUAAUAGAAAAUUUAUGUAUGAAUCGAAUUUUAUUGUAUUUUCCCUGCCUUCACGGUAUAUUUCUAUGUUUUUCA